AUGGACCAUGGAGACAGAGGGAUCUCUCACCUUCGCUAUGAGGAGGAGGAAGAGCAUCAGUCCAUCUACAUUGGUGUCCCAGUGCCUAAAGGAUAUCGACGCAAACGCAGACGAAGGCGCUCUAGUCGCGAGGCCGCUGACAUGGACAGGGACAGACGCUACAGCCAACACAAACAGCAGGAGCGCAGCCGCUACAGAGACGUAGACAUAGAGGAAGGACUCAUGGACUCGAACGAGCAGAGUCUUCAUGACAUCAACCGCAAAAUGUCUCCGGCGGCAGAGCGGCUACGUUAUAUCCAUAACGAAGAUGACGACUUGCCGACGCCGACGCUCUUCACUGAGAUGGACACGCUGCAGCGAGAAGGAGACGAGUUCGAGUGGAAGGAGUCCGCCAGGUGGGUGAAGUUUGAAGAGAAGGUGGAGGAGGGAGGGGAAAGGUGGAGUAAACCACACGUGUCCACGCUGUCCCUGCAUAGUCUCUUUGAGCUCAGGACGUGUCUCCAGACGGGGACCGUGCUGCUGGACCUGGAAGGUUACUCUCUGCCUCAGAUCAUUGAUGAAAUCAUCGAGCGACAGAUCGAGGAAGGUAUGAUUUCUCCUGAUCUCAGAGACCAGAUCAGUUUUGUCCUGCUGAGGAAACAUCGACACCAGACCAAGAAGCCAAUCCACCGCUCGCUCGCCGACAUCGGCAAGUCCAGCUCUUCCACUAGCGGUCCGGGACCCGGUCCGGGUCCAAUAGCCAACUAUAACCGAUCCACAGAGGACCUCCGGCUGAAGCAACAGUCUGCCAGCUACGGUCGCCUGCGUCACGCUCAGAGUAGGAGUAUGAAUGAUAUUGCAGAUACUCCCAGCACAGACCAGCUAAAGAAUAAAUUCAUGAAGAAAAUCCCCAGAGAUGCAGAGGCGUCCAACGUCCUGGUGGGUGAAGUGGAUUUCCUGAACAAACCCUUUGUCGCGUUUGUCCGUCUGGCUCAGGCCACAACACUCGGAGGUCUCACUGAGGUCCCUGUUCCUACCAGAUUCCUGUUUAUCCUCCUGGGACCCCAAGGAAAGGCCAAGUCGUAUAAUGAGAUCGGCCGAGCCAUAGCAACCCUAAUGGUGGAUGAUCUCUUCAGUGAUGUAGCCUACAAGGCCAGAGAUCGGGAGGACCUCAUCGCGGGCAUAGAUGAGUUUUUGGAUGAGGUGAUUGUGCUGCCGCCUGGAGAAUGGGAUCCCAAAAUCCGCAUUGAGCCGCCCAAGAAGGUCCCCACGGCUGACAAAAGGAAGUCGGUGUUUUCCCUGAACGAGCUGGGGAAGAUGAACGGUGCAGCGGGGGGAGGCCUGUCUGAGGACGAGGAGAUGCCCCCCCAACACGAGCUUGGGGAGGAGCUGGCCUUCACAGGACGCUUCUGUGGAGGUCUGUACCUGGACAUUAAGCGGAAGUUGCCGUGGCUGCCGAGUGAUAUCUACGAGGGUUUCCACAUCCAGUCCAUCUCCGCGGUGCUCUUCAUCUACCUGGGCUGCAUCACCAACGCCAUCACCUUCGGCGGGCUGCUGGGAGAUGCUACCGACAACUACCAGGGGGUGAUGGAGAGCUUCCUGGGCACAGCUCUGGCUGGCUCCGUCUUCUGUCUCUUCAGCGGGCAGCCCCUCAUCAUCCUCAGCUCCACUGGUCCCAUCCUCAUCUUUGAAAAGCUCCUGUUUGAAUUCAGCAAGAGCAACAACAUCGACUACAUGGAGCUGCGUCUGUGGAUCGGGAUGCACUCCUGCCUGCAGUGCUUCAUCCUGGUCGCCACAGACGCCAGUUACAUCAUCAAAUACAUGACGCGCUUCACGGAGGAGGGCUUCUCCAGCCUCAUCUCCUUCAUCUUCAUCUCCGACGCCAUUAAGAAGAUGGUGGGCUCCUUCAAAUAUUACCCCAUCAACACCGACUUUAAGCCCGACUACGUCACCACCUACAAGUGCGAAUGUCUCGCCCCGGACCCGGUUCCAAUGCCAGAUAACAGCUCUAGUGUCUCUGGGUUGGAUAUGUCAGGUCUGGACUGGAGCCAGCUGAGCAAGAAGGAGUGUCUGAAGUACGGAGGCUCCCUGGUGGGGAAGUCCUGCAAGUACGUCCCCGAUCUGGCCCUCAUGUCCUUCAUCCUCUUCUUCGGCACCUAUUCUAUGACGGUCAGCCUCAAGAAGUUCAAGUCCAGCCGCUACUUCCCCACCAAGUUGAGGAAACUGAUCAGCGACUUCUCCAUCUUCAUGUCCAUCAUGACCUUCGUGGGGCUCGAUAUGUUGCUGGGACUCAAAACUCCCAAACUAAUCGUCCCCACAGAAUUUAAGCCGACUCGGCCGGGUCGCGGCUGGCUGGUGAUGCCGUUCGGUAAGAACCCGUGGUGGGUUUAUGUGGCCAGCUUCGUCCCCGCCCUCCUCGUCACCAUCCUCAUCUUCAUGGACCAGCAGAUCAGCGCCGUCAUCGUGAACCGCAAGGAGAACAAACUCAAGAAAGGCUGUGGCUACCACUUGGAUCUGUUCUGGGUGGGCGUCCUGAUGGCCGUCUGCUCCUUCAUGGGUCUGCCCUGGUACGUCGCCGCCACCGUCAUCUCCAUCGCCCACAUCGACUCUCUGAAGAUGGAGAGUGCGUCGAGUGCUCCCGGAGAGCAGCCGCAGUUCCUAGGGGUCAGAGAGCAAAGAAUGACGGGCAUCUUGGUGUUCGCCCUCACCGGAGUCUCCAUCUUCCUCGCUCCGGUGCUGAAGUUCAUCCCGAUGCCCGUGCUGUACGGCGUCUUCCUCUACAUGGGCGUAGCGUCCCUCAGUGGAAUCCAGUUCUGGGAAAGGAUCAAGUUGUACAUGAUGCCGUCCAAGCACCAGCCCGACUUGUCCUUCCUCCGUCACGUCCCUCUGAGGAAGGUUCACCUCUUCACGCUGAUCCAGAUCGCAUGUCUGGCCAUUCUCUGGACCCUCAAAUCCACCUUCCUGGCCAUCAUCUUCCCCGUUAUGAUCCUGGGUCUGUUGCUCGUCCGGAAGAUGCUGGACAUGGUCUUCUCCCAGCACGACCUGGCCUGGAUAGACGACCUCCUGCCUGGGAAUGACAAGAAGAAGAAGAAGAAGAAGAAGGAGGAAGAUAAGAAGAAGGGGAAAGACGACGACAAGAAGAAGGGUAAGGAGAAGGAGAAGAAGAAGCCCAAACAGGAGGACAGCGAGGAGGAGGAAGAGGAGGAGGAGGAGGAAGAGGAGGAGGAGAAGUUCCGCACCUACUCCAACCACACACCCAGCCCGGAGUCUGACUUGGAUCGCAGCAUCACCCUCCACCUGAAGAUCUCCUGCCCGUCGUCUCCGGCCGUGCCUAUGGGCCGAGGGAUGGCCUGCCCCGUGCCUCAGGUCAAGAUCGAGAUGGAGUCGGACUACGACUCGGACAUCGACCCCCACCGCCCUCGGGACAUGAGCAGCGAGACCACGCUAUGAAGCUGAGACUCGACGUCUUGUUGACAGAACAACGCACAAGCGGGUGUGUGCGGACUCCUCAGUGCAGCCGGUGCUGACCCACAGUACAGGUGGACGGACUGUACCCCCUCCUGCAGACAGCUGAACUUCCAGCUUCAUCUGCUUUGAAGCGCAGUUCAGUUAACAGAUGAAUAAGAUAUAAAAUACAACAUUGUUUACUUGUAUGCUGUAAAUGUUCAUAAUAACAGAGGAAAUAUUGAUGUGUUUAUGUGCUGUAUAGGAAUAUAUAUUCAGAAUAUUUAUCUUUAUACAUAUUAGCUAUAUAUUGUAAUGUAAUUACUCUCGUACAACUUAUUGCACAAUGGUUUCACACCAGCCUGUGUGUACAGACUUUGAGGCAGCUGUGAAACAAGUUUCAGUAACAGAACGAUUUAUUAUGAGGGUGUGAAGUCUUCCACGUGUUAGUCUUUGCAUAUUUGUGUUUGUUUGAAUUUGCUGUAGUGUCCCUCCGACCCGGAGAAGCAGCCCCCCCCCCCCCCCAGCUCCAUAUUAACAUUAACCUGGAACAAAAAGAAACAACCAAAAAGUCCUGAUGUUGCUGAAAAGGAUCAAUUUUACUUUGCAAGAUGUAGCGUACAUGUUUAUAUGAGUACUCCGUGUGAGCGGUAACUUUGUGCACAUGACCAUAACGAGACAUUG